AUGCCGCCAACGCUCUGUUUCAACUGCCAGGCGGCGCGCGCCGUCAUAAUUCGACCCAAGAACCGGCGCAAGCUCUGCAAAACAUGCUUUCUCGAAAUCUUUGAAACCGAAAUCCACCAGACCAUCACCAGCACCUCCCUCUUCCAGCGCGGCGAACGAAUCGCCAUUGGCGCCAGCGGCGGCAAGGACAGUACCGUUCUCGCCUCCGUCCUUAAAACGUUAAACGAGCGCCACGAUUACGGCCUUGACCUGACCCUUCUCUCCAUCGACGAAGGCAUCAGAGGAUACCGCGACGACAGCCUAGAAACCGUCAAGCGCAAUGCCGAACAAUACAACAUGCCACUCGAAAUCGUCGGCUAUGACGAGUUGUAUGGUUGGACUAUGGACCAAGUUGUCGCGCAGGUCGGCAAGAAGGGGAAUUGUACCUACUGCGGCGUCUUCCGGCGCCAGGCUCUCGACCGCGGCGCCGCGCGCUUGGGCAUCAAGCACGUCGUGACCGGCCAUAAUGCGGAUGAUGUUGCCGAAACAGUGAUGAUGAAUCUCCUGCGCGGCGAUUUACCGCGGUUGUCGAGGGGCACGAAUAUCGUGACGGAGUCCGCGGGCAUGCAAGUCAAGCGCAGUAAGCCGCUCAAGUAUGCGUAUGAGAAGGAGAUUGUGUUGUAUGCGCAUCACAAAAAGUUGGAUUAUUUCAGCACAGAGUGUAUUUACUCGCCAGAGGCGUUUCGGGGUAGUGCGCGCACGUUAAUCAAGGAUCUCGAGAAGAUUAGGCCGAGUUCGAUACUGGAUAUUGUGAAGAGUGGUGAGGAUAUGGCGGCAUUGGUUCCGCCGGAGAUUAGCAAUAAUGGGAAACCUGCAGAGGAUGAGGCGAGUGGUGGGUGUGGGAGUCAGAAUGGUCGGUCUAGUGGAGGCGAGAUGGCCGCGAUGGAGAAGAGGUUGGCUGCGAACGAGGAGGCGCAGGCAAGGGAGAUUGAAAUCACGCUGCCAUCACGGCGGCCUUCGUCAGUGGUGUCUUUUCAGCAGAAGAAAGGGAAGCUGGUCAAGGGUCAGACGGCAGGGAAAUGCGAACGCUGCGGGUAUAUUUCGAGUCAGAAGAUUUGCAAGGCGUGCACGCUCUUGGACGGGCUGAAUAAAAGUAGGCCAAAGACGACUAUUGAGGUUGGCAUCGAAGAGGAGGAAAGCAGCUCGACGUUGAUGCGGCAGAUGGAGAGUGUGCAGCUGAGUUCGAUGUCGUCGGGGUAG